CCCGCGGCGUCACUUCCGGGCGAGUUGUCAUGGCGCCCGAGGCCUACUGAUCCCGCCUCGUCCCCCCCUCCCCUCCCUCACGCUGCAGCCGACCUCACAUCGAUGACCGCCGGGCUCCGGCCGUAGCACCAGUAAAUCCUCAGUUCUUGUCGGUCAGAAGCCGGGAGGAUGAGCACGCAGUACAGCAUCUUAUUCAAGCAAGAACACGCUCAUGAAGACUCUAUCUGGUCUGUGGCUUGGGGAAAGAGUGAGAAAGAUGGCUCAGAGACCAUAGUGACUGGCUCAUUAGAUGACUUGGUUAAAGUCUGGAAAUGGCAAGACGAGAAGUUGGAGCUCCAGUGGACCCUGGAGGGGCACCAGCUGGGAGUGGUAUCGGUUGACAUUAAUCACACCGGGACCACUGCAGCCUCCAGCUCUCUGGAUGCACACAUUCGCCUCUGGGAUUUGGAGUUGGGGAAACAGAUCAAGUCUUUGGAUGUUGGGCCAGUUGAUGCUUGGUCCGUGGCCUUCUCUCCCGAUGGCAAGUUUUUAGCGACUGGGAGUCACUUGGGAAAAAUAAAUAUAUUUGGAGUUGAAAGUGGAAAGAAGGAAUCUUCUUUGGAUACAAGAGGGAAGUUCAUCCUCAGCAUUGCAUACAGUCCUGACGGGAAGUACCUAGCCAGUGGUGCCAUUGAUGGGAUCAUCAAUAUGUUCGACAUUGCAACCGGCAAGUUGUUGCACACGCUGGAAGGCCACGCCAAGCCAAUCAGAUCUCUGACAUUCUCCCCUGACUCUCAGCUUCUAAUUACUGCUUCUGAUGAUGGUUACAUAAAGAUUUAUGACGUACAACAUGGCAAUCUUGCAGGUACGCUGAGUGGUCACGGAUCCUGGGUGUUGAGUGUCGCUUUCUGCCCAGACGACACACACUUUGUAUCAAGCUCUUCUGACAAAAGUGUUAAGGUGUGGGACGCUGGCUCCAGAAGUUGUGUACACACAUUUUUUGAUCACCUAGAUCAGGUCUGGGGUGCUAAGUACAAUGGAAAUGGGUCAAAGAUAGUAUCUGUCGCAGACGAUCGUGAGAUCCAUAUUUAUGACUGUCCAAUCUGAAGUGUUCUCCUGCUCAGAAUAUAAAACCGAACCAAGAUCUCUCUCGACUCCAAACUGAUGCCUCUCUGGGAAUGUGUAAAGUGUGAUUUUUAUGUCAACAAUUAUGAAAUGGAAGGAACCAUCAUGAAAUCUGAGUUUGUAAACCAUUCAUCUUAUUUUAAUUUGGUUUAUGUGGGAAGAUUUUCUCAUAGUUCUUAUUUACAUUUAUGCUGUUCCCCAAGUGUGUAUUGUUUUUGUUUUAUUUUUGUAGUUGCUGAAAUAAACAUGGUUUUAUAUA